AUGGAGACAUGGCGGAAAGGAUCCUUCCGCAACAACUCUUUCUUCAAACGUCUGAGCCUUGGGAGGCCCCGGCGACUCCGACGGCAAGGCAGCGUGCUCAGCCAGGCCAGCACUGCCGGGGGAGACCAUGAGGAAUACAGUAACCGGGAGGUCAUCCGGGAGCUGAGGGGAAGGCCGGACGGCCGCCGCCUGCCCCUGUGGGGGGACGAGCAGCCCAGAUCCACGCUGCUGGCACCACCCAAACCCCCGCGCCUCUACCGCGAGAGCAGCAGUUGUCCCAACAUUCUGGAGCCCUCCCCUGCAUACGCGGCUGCCUACUCGGCCACCCUGCCCUCCGCUAUCUCCCUGGCUGGAACGCUGCACGAGUAUUCAGAGGACGACUCCCUGGACGCCAGGCCCCUCCAGGGGGCACCCACCGACGUCACUGACCCCUUCUUCUCCUUCAAAGUGGACCUGGGGAUAUCGCUUCUUGAGGAAGUCCUGCAGAUCCUGAGAGAGCAAUUUCCCAGGGACCCAUGGGCCUGA